AUGUUGAAGUCGCUUCUCGUUUCCACCCUGCUGCUCGGAGCAGGUCUAUGCCAGAGGGGCGGCGGCCGGAGGCCGACUACGAUCUCGAGGGGUCAGACCCAGACUCAGACCGUGACCCAAAUCCAGACCCAGACGCGGGCGCCGAACGGGGCCCAAACCAUAUGGGGACAAUGCGGUGGCAUAACCUAUUCGGGCGCGUCUGCCUGUCCCACUUCUGCAUACUGCUACAACGACGGAAACAUAUAUUACUCGCAGUGCGUCCCCAACGACUACCAGCCCAGCUCCAAGGGCGGCGACAACGGCAACGUCGUCACGGUCACCGUCGGGACCAUCAUCAGCGUCAGCGGCCCCACGCCCACCGUCGUCACCACCUUCAUCACGGUCCUGGGCCCGGAGCCGACGCCCACGCCCACCUCUAUUGUCACCGUCACCCUCAUCCCCGACGACCCGGUAACGUCGCAGUGGUAG